AUGUUGCUGUUUAAUAGGGAUUUAGAAUAUAGGUGUGGUUUAAGUAAAUCCCUAGAUAGUUUUGAUCCUAUUGAAGAUAGUUUUUAUCCUAUUGAAAAUAACGGUGUAAAUGAAGACCCAUCUAUUUUAACUGAUGACCCAUAUAUUUUAACUGAUGACCCAUCUAUUUUAACUGAUGACUCAUCUAUUUUAACUGAUGACCCAUCUAUUUUAACUGAUAUGGAUAAUGACAUUCAUAGUUGGAUUGAGAGUUAUCUUCGUUAUUUAGAUGAUAGUGACAACUACAAUGCCAAUAUCAGUGACUUGAAUAGUUACAUUUUAGAUGAUACAAAUGAUAGUGAUUUGUAUGAAAUAGAAAAUUCUAAUGAUACAAAUGAUAGUGAUUUUAUCCUGAUGAUCCAAAAGAUACUUCUUAUACUGAAAAUUAAAGCAUUUAUGGGUUGA